UUUUCUGGGCAGUAUCGUGUAGAAUUUGAUAAGCCCGGAUAAGCCGCAAAGAGACGCCGAUGCCGCCGCCGCCGCCGCCGCCGCCGCCGCCGCUCCUGCUGCUCCCGCUCCUCCUCGCCGCCGCCGUCGCCUCAACCAAUGCCAAGAUCACAUCGCCGUCCGUCACCGCGACGGUAGGUGUCGGCGCCGGCGGCCCUCCACCGGUGCCGACGCCGUGGCCGGAGCAGUUCCACGCGGUGGUCUUCACCAACCUCACCGAGAGCGGCGGCCGGCUGCAGCUGAUCGACCUCUAUUACGACUGGCCCGGAGGCCGCAACCUGAACCUCAUCCGCGACCAGCUCUCCGGCGACCCGCUCUACGACGUGGAGUGGACCAACGGUACCUCCUACUACUUCGACUCCGCGUCCUGCCGCACCGUGCGGUUCCCCGUGGGACUCCUGCCGCCCGACUGGCUCGCCGCCGGCGCCGUAUACCUCGGACGGGAGGCCAUCGAUGGGUUCGACUGCCACGUGUGGACGAAGGUCGACUUCGUCUGGUACUACGAGGAAGUUGCCACCGGCCGCCCAGUCCGCUGGAACUUCUUCAAUGGGAUGCAGCAGCAUGUGAUGAGCUUUGAGGUGGGGGGAGUGCUAGAGGACUCCAAGUGGCAGGCUCCGGCUUACUGCUUCAAUGGUGGCAAUGCCGACACCGCAAAUGUUGCAGAUGGUGCAAAUAGCAAGGGCGCCAGAGCUGAUGUGAUGAACAGCCUGGUCAGGUUCGCCGGGGCUCCAGCUGCAGGUGCAGCCGCAUUACUUGAUCAGUGAGCUAUCUUGAUGAGUGAAUGGUGACUGAUGAGAGACUUUCCCAGCGGUGAUCUACUGAUCUGUUCUGCUCUGUUAACCACACUGUGCUUCUUGAACUCUGUUCUGAAAUGUGAUGUAUAGUAACAGUCAUUCUGCACUUCGUGGUAAUUAGUUAAGUACUAUUAUUUUCAUCGCAAUGCAAGAUCCAUGGUCAGCAAUUGAUUUGAA